CCGCCGCAGCCGCCGAGCCCGGCCGGCGCCGCCCCCUCGGGCCCGGCCGGGAGCAUGGGGCUGAGGAUGCAGGGCGGCAGCAGGCGGAGCCAAGUUAAGAUUAAUGAAUGCUCAGGUCUUGUCAUUCCCAGAUGUGGUCCAGCAAGUCCAUUUAAAGGACACUUAAGUAAUAAAAGUAAUGCUUUCUGCAUUUGCUCCUCUCGAAAUCUAGCUAGCCAAUACCUGAUCAGAGAUCACAUGGUGGUUCAUUAUAACAGAGUUCUUGCAGCCAAAGCAGCUGUAGACACUUCAUUGCCCAAAAGUAGGUUGGCCAGCAUCAAACUUGCUGACCAGCAAAGAAGAGAGAAACUGAAAAAGAAGAUAGCCAGGUGUAGAGAGAAGUUAAGUGUGUGUGAAGCUGGCUCUCCAUCCCAGCCAAGAGACAGAGGAAAGGCUCAGCCAUCCUCUUCUAGAAAGAGUGCCUUGGAAGCAGAAGAUGGUGUCUCAGCCUCUGCUGGGCAGACACAGUACCUCUCAGGAGCAGCAUCUUCUCACGGCGAGGAGUGCGCGGUUCACUCCGGCGCAGGGAAGUGCGCCCGGAAGCGCUCUCGGCACGCAGCCGGGGGCUCGAACUCCUGUGUGUGCAUGCCACGGGCCGGCCAGCGCUCCGAGCUGCCCCGCAGCCACUCCAUCGAGAGCUUUGUCAGCAUUGUUGGCUGUUCCCAGAGCUGCCAUGGAAACCACGGGGACCAGAGCUGCCAUGGAAACCAGGCCAGCGGCGGGGACCUUCUAGAGCGGCACUCGGAAUGCUUCACCAAGAGCCGCAAGCCUUUCACUCCACGCACGUUAAUAUCGGAUGCUAAACCUUUCCUGUCAGACUACAGGUUUUACACUCCAGCUCAAAGGAGGAGGAGAUGUCACCACCACCACAGAUCAUACCUUGUGGAAGCUCAAACACAGACUGAUAUGACCAGCUUUCCACCUGAAGACAAAAUGCCUGUGAGAAAAGUUGUGAGUGAAAAGCAGAAGGUUAAAUACAAGGCUGAAGAUAAAAGAUAUACUUUGGAUGAGCCUGAGAGAAGAGUAGAUGAUUUUCAACUCUCCAUCCCAAGAGAGACAUCAUGGUGUCCUCAGAAGUCUUCAUCUUCACCAGAGAGAACUGACGAUCCUGAAGAAGAGGAGCUUUUGUAUUUAACUUUCAUUGAAGAAGUAACAAAUGAAAUUCUUCGAUUUGGCAUAUUUUCUAACAGGGUUCUGGAUCAACUGUUUAAGUUCCAUAUAGAAGAAAAUAAGAACCGCCUUGAUGAGGGCAAAAUGCGUCAGAUGUUGGAAGUGCUGAAAUCAGACCUUGGCUGCGACCAGGACAGCGACACAGAGCAAAUCCAUGCAGAUCAGGAGGCCUCGGGCCCACUGGAGCAGCACAAGUGUGGUACAACAGAAGAGCCUGAGUUUGACAGUAAAGGUCACAGGCUGAGGAAAGCUACAAAAAAUGAAGAAUUCCUUGAGAGCAGGGACUUGUCAUCAACGAAACCAAACAAUUGUCGAUCGGUGUCCUGGAGCAAAAGGUCAAGGGAGACACAGGACAAGGAGGACUUCUCAGAAGAUACCACUGAAAUUAUGGGUGCUGGGAAAGAGUCUGAUUUCCGUGGUGUGGUAUUUGAAGAACACCCAGACACUUCACCCACCUGUGAGGCAGCUUCAAAUUUGUUUGGUUGUGACAGGGAUUUUCACAGCAAUAAGGAGCUUGAUGAACUUGAUGGAAACUUCGCAGAGGCCCUUCACAUUUCACCUAAGUAUUCAUAACUGUAACCAAAAUUUACCUGUUAAACAGAGAUAGAGCUCCUUCUGUGGUGAACUGCCAUUUGUCAACCAAUAGUAAAUUGUUAGGUUUAUUUUCAGUUAUUUCUGUUUAAAUACUGGUAAGAUCUCUGUAGCAGGAUACUAUUAAUUGGGCAUUAAUCUCUGUGUAAAUUAGAUCUUAAAGGAUAAAGGGUCAGUUAAGGGUCAGUUAUCAGAAGAAUUUUUUGUAUUUUGCCCAUAAUUGUAUAACUCAAAACAAACUUGAGAAUAUUAAAACUAGAUUUAUAUUUUUAGAGCUGUAAUAAUAAGUUAUGAAAUAUUUAUUGAUUUAAAUAAAUUAAUUGAUAGCGCAUUUAUGAUCCUGCUAUAAAGAUCUGAGAUGUUCUGGUCUGCAAGAAUUCAACAACUUAACAUAAACUUAACAUCAAACUAUGUCCUCUUCCAGAAUGGACAAGCAGUUCCACCAUGCAGUGUGCUAUGUUACCAUUUGCAAAAGCCCAUCAGCGAAAAACCAAACUAUUUCACAAGAAGAAAAUCCAAAUUUUAACAGAUCUAUGUAGAUUAAUGGCUGCAGUUUUUUAUUUUUAGUUCUUUACUGAAUGUAACUGCUAAGUUCAAUUUCUUGCACUGAUGACAGCCAUGGCAUAGCAUUCUGCAUCAAGCUUUGGUUUUGGAAAAUGAUUGAAUUGCUUACUGUUUGUUGACUAGAACUGUGUAGAAGAAAACACAUCAGGCACCUCGUACAGCAAAUGGAAAAUAGGUGGUGUAUUUUCUGGUUUAAGUUUAAAUUGAAGUUAGUACAUGCAUUGCACGAAAUCAACCCAAAUGUCAUUGUUUAAUCAGAGUACAGCUAUUGCCUGACAUUCCUGUUGCUGCAGAAUGAGUUUAACAGGUUCUGAGGAAAUGCUGGCAAGUUACAUUGUCUUGUUGUAGGUGAGGAACUAGGAGAAGUCUUAGGAACCUGGAUUAAGCCUGUCCUCUAUCUCCUAGGGUCAAUUUCUAACCUCCUUCCUCCAAAAACAAGCCCAAGCUGUACCAGUCCUUACAUAACAACUGCCACCACCUGCCUCCCCUGUGCCUCGACCAAAGUCUGUGACUCCAUCAGCCAGAUGACCCAUUGCAGCUUAAAGGAGCUGAAUAGACACAGACCACUGCUUCACUUAGGAAGCAUAAACUUUUAGACAAAAAAGAAAUUUCAAAAAACAGCUAAAGGAAGGCAGUCAGAGAAAAACGUCUGGCAUUAUCACAGCACUGCAGUGCAGAGCACAAUUCCCAAAGAAAGCAAAAGGCACUUUCCUGGAUGCCUUGUCCACAAUAAUAAAUUGUCCUUGUUGACAAUGAAAGGAGACAGAGUUUAUUUUAGCCAGGUACAUGUGGCUGGGCAGAUGGGCACCAGCCUUUCAUCUGCCACGCUCAGUUGGUUGCCUUGUAAGCCUGGCCUGCAGCAUGAGUGCUCUGGCUCACUGAAAAGCAGGUGAGAUAAUGUGAGCACUUCUACAUCCCCCCCAUCAGAGCCUGUCUUGUUGAAAAGAUGUGACCACAGGGCUGAGUCAGUACAGUGCAGGGAGGGUUUGUCCCUGCACAAGUGAUCACAGACCUCCUCCCAUCCUUAAGGAAACUCCCUCUCUAUUCCUUACCCAAGGGAGCUGAACAGAAAGGAUGCCCUAGGAAAAUUUGUUUCUAGUCUACGAAGAAUUCUGUCCCACAGGGACUGGUUCAAAAGCUAAAGAACAUGGUUUGAUGAAUACAAGUAUAAAGCCUCUUUGCUCCUCGGCCAGGACUUCACCCAUUCUUCAGGCCCUCCAUUCCAAGUUCUCCAUUCUUGGUCAAUAAUAGGAAUUUAGGGGUUUUUUCCCUUCCUAUCUCUACACUUGUGACUUGUACAUCAUAAAAAAUGUCACUCAGCAAACUCUGGCUUCUGGUCUGCAUGAGUCUGAUUAAAGAUUAGUAAGAAUUUCACAUUCAAAUUUCACAUGCAAAAAUACUUUAGGAAAAUCACAGAAAGACGCUAGUAAUGACAUACUCAUUUCCUGUAAUACAAGUAACAUAAAAACAAAUAAAAACCUUGACCAUA